UCUACGACGUCAGGUGGUAGAUCAGCUACAUCUUCCACGUCCCGUCCAGGGGCCAGACGUGGAGGUUCCAGAGGUCUGGGUGCGGAUGCCAGAGCAUGCCCCAUCUCUGAGAAAGGUCUUUCCUCUGGGAAAUUUGCCAGGGAGGGGCUGUCUUGAGGAGUACGAAGUCCGAGAACUAAGCCUUGGUGGGCCAAUAGGGAGCCAUUAGAGUAACUUGUUCCUCAUCCUCCCUGACCUUGCACAGCAACUGUGCAAGAAGGCUCACUGGGGGAAAUGAGUACUUGUGCAGCCCUGUGGGCCAGCUAUGUGCCAGUGCGUCUGCCCCGAGGGGACCCUCUGUUCGGGCAUACCAGAACGGGCAGUGAGAGGUCUCUUGGGAGGCGAACAGGUCUACCUGAGCCUUGUUGAACCAUUCCCAAAUCAGCUGGACCAAGUGGGGGUGAAGACUCCACUCUUCACUGGGCAAGCGUUGUCGUGAUAGCGCGUCCACCACCACAUUGAGGUUCCCGUGGAUGUGAGUGGCACGCUGCAAAGGAGGAGGCGACGGGCAAGUUGUAUAAAUAAAUAACACGGUGCAUGCCAUGGCACCAUGCUCGUCUCGGGACUCGAGUCUGGAGCCAGUGAUGAAGUGGUCUCAUAUGCAUCAACCCCAGCGGCGUGACCGCCACGGAGGGCGCCAUAUGCCCCAGGAGCCUCUGGAAAAGUUUUAAAGGGACCGCAGUGCCUGGCCUGAAGGCGGCGAGGCAUUCCAGCACUGACUGCGCGCGUUCGUUGGUGAGGCGCACUGACAUUUAGACUGAGUCUAACUCCAUGCUGAGAAAAUAGAUGCUCUGAACCAGGGCAAGCUUGCCCAGUUGACCUGAAGCCCUAAGCGGCUGAGGUGCCUGAGCACUUGGUCCCAGUGGGCACAUAGUAACUCUCGGGAGUGAGUCAGAAUGAGCCAGUCGUUGAGGUAGUUGAGUAUGCUGGCUUCUCGCAAGGGCUGCCUCUGCAACCUUCUUAAAGAUGCAAGGGGACAGGGACAUGCCGAAGGGGAGGACCUUGUACUGAUACGCCUGGCCGUCGAACGCAAACCGUAGAAAGGGUCGAUGUCCAGGCAAUAUUGAGACAUGGAAGUACGCAUCCUUCAGGAAUCAAUCUAGAUGCCGGACGCAAGUUAAGAUGUGUUUUUGCGUGAGCAUUUUGAACGGGAGUUUGUGCAAAGCCCGGUUGAAAACUCACAAGUCCAAGAUCGGUCGUAAGCCACCGCCUUUCUUGGGUACGAUGAAGUAAGGGCUGUAGAAACCCUUCUUCAUCUCGGUUGGAGGGACAGGCUCUAUCGCGUCUUUUAGUAAGUGGGUCGCGAUUUCCGCUCGCAGGAAUUUGGCAUGUUAGCCAUGUAUUCUACUGCGGUAAAGUGGAUGCUCCCGUGGUGGGAGGGGGGGAGGCUGGCAAACUGAAUUGCGUAACCGAGUCGGAUGGUCCUGGCCAGCCAGCGUGAUGGGUUGGGAAGUGAAAGCCACAUAUCCAAGCUCCGUGCUAGGGGCACUAACGGAACAAUUAUUUUUGACGUUCCCAGCAGGGCUUCGCAGCGUUGUGGAAUAGGUAGUAUGGCGUCGGGAGGCAAAGGUGCAUCCCAUGGCUCUGGUGCUGAGAAAAGACUCGAAGCAUUUACCUUGCUCCGCACACCCGGCAGGUGAAGACACAGGAAAUAGCUCUUUUAUUGAGAAUGUGGGUACGGCAGAUUAAAUAAAUUUAUGUGAUGAGUUUUGAGGGGUGAUCUCCAUGCAGUCGUCAGCUCAUCAUGCACCUCCGGGAAGAAAGGGACCGGGGGGGUGUGGCGGUGAGCGGCGCGCAGACCCAAGAAACCAAUCAUCCAGCCGCGAUGGCUGUGGGGAGGACGGAGGGUUCCAGUCCAGCCCCACGCUGGCGGCAGCCCGGGCAAGCAUGUCAGACAUCUGGGCAUCGGCCUCAGCCCAGACGAGUCAGUGUCGAAGUGAGCGACAGACGGGGAACAGAUCACUUUCACAUUCUUCUUCUUGUGUUUUUAGUAUUUCACAUUCUUUAUGCAUACAGAUAAAUCUUUAGCUAAAAAGGUCUUAAAUAUUGUUUCUCACCACAUCAUAUCACUUCUGAAAAUAUGGAUUAAAUCACAGGAGUCGUAUAGAUUACUUUUAUGAUGCCUUCUUUCACAAAGGAUUUUUCCACAAGAUUUUGGCAAAGUGUACAUUCAUAGACUAAUACCUUGCUGCCUUCAGAGUGCCCGCAUAUCUCACAUCUGUCCUUUAAAGUGAGUAAGGCAUGGGGGGGGAUGACAUUCGAUUGGAAUUCGUCUAAUAUAUUCAGGUUGAUUUAGUCAUAUUAAAUAUUUUUGACUUGAAUAAAACCAGUACUUUAGAUAUUACCACAUGAAGCACAAAACAUUUUUACAGUGUGGGUGUAACCAUUCUUUCUCUCUCCUUCUCCCUUGAUUUAACAUCUUUCAGUGUCAUACCUUUCAGUUGAUCUGUCUCUAGUGGUGACAAUGGGUUUAUCCUACACUGACUAUGCAACCCAGUCAUCUAGCUGAGUAGCAGGACGAAACGCAACAUUCUCCCCUUCUCUGCCUCCUCUCUCACCCAAUAGGCUCUAUGCAGCGGGGAUUGUGACGUGUUUCCGACUACACUCUCUAUUGGGCAAACAGUUUCCGGUUCCGUAUUAGAUCUGACGCGCGAAAGUUAACAACGACAAACAUUCUAGUUAUUCUUAUCUUGGGAGCUGAACUAUGGAGAAAAGGGUUUUCCGAUAUCGAAAGCUAAUGAGACCUAGUUCGGAACAUUGUUGUGUGCCGUCAUGCGUUGUGUCGGCAAGAUACAACUCGACUGUGAGUUUUCAUUCAUUUCCCGUGAAAGAGGAUCUCAGAAAAAAAUGGAUCGUUAAGAUCAGGAGGGAUGACUUCCAAGUCAACAAAAACACAAAGGUGUGUAGCAUUCAUUUCAAACCUGAUGACUUUAUGGAAGGGACUAGACUGAGACGUCUGAAAAAAGGUGCUUUCCCUACACUGUUUGAGUGGAACCGUUACCAAGUGCAGCCGCCAAGGUCGAGUGUUUGGGAAUGGCGAGAGAGACCGCUGCCCCCUGAUCCUGACUCGGACGUAGAGCAAGAUAUGGACUUUGACGUGGAGAGGACUGGACACGAUUAUUGUUCAGUUGCCGAAGCUGCAGCUGUGGACAUGGUAUUACAUGAAAAUGAGGAGUUGAGGAGGGAGAUAGAAGAUCUACGGAAGCAGUUGGACCAGACCAAGAUCAUACUUCGCUUUGGUCUCCAGAGAUUUGCUGGGUCCGAUGAGGACAUACGCUUUUAUACAAGAUUUGCAACCUAUAACCACCUGAUGGCCUUCUGGGAACUGAUUGAACCGGCAAUGCACAGAAUGAUUCGUGUCACCAACUCCAAAGUCACCAAGGAGGCUGGAAACACUCGGGCACUUCCUGCAAUAGACGAGUUCUUCCUGUUCAUGAUGCAUCUUGCUUUGGGCCUCAAGCAAAAGGACCUUGGUCAUCGCUUCCAUGUACAUCAGGCCACUGUGAGCCGCAUCAUAACAACCUGGGCCAACUUCCUGUACUUUGUCCUGGGGUCAGUGUGCAUUUGGAAGAGAGAGUACGAGCCCAUCUGCCAGAGGAAUUUCAUCUUUUCCGAGACACACAGGUUAUCCUGGAUUGUAGUGAGAUCCGCUGCCAAACACCUUCCUCAUUGCUAUUACAAAGUGAGGUUUUUUCAAACUAUAAGUCUCACUGCACAUUCAAGGCUUUAAUAGGAAUGGCACCUCAUGGUGCAAUAACAUUUUUGUCUGGACUCUAUGCAGGGUCUAUAAGUGACAGGGAGUUGUUCAAACAGUCAGGGAUCAUUAACCUUCUUACUACUGACAUGGCCAUCAUGGUGGAUAAGAACUUCUUAAUUGACAGCCUAGUGCCAUGCAAAGUUCACCGGCCUGUUUUCCUGACCAAGGGAAAACAAAUGCUACCUCAUGAAGUGACACACACUCAGUCUGUGGCCAGGCUCAGGGUACAUGUUGAAUGUCUUAUCCGUCGAGUGAAGGAGCAUAAGUUGUUUGACACAGUCAUCCCCUUGUCCAUUUCUGGUAGCAUAAACCAACUGUUUACAGUGGCAUGUUUGCUUGUGAACUACCAAUGUGGACCACUUGUCAAGGCAGGAGCCACUGAGUCUAAAAACCCUCAUCCUUGUUAAUGUGCUAAGGUAAAUGUAAAUAUUGUACAUAUACUUUUGUAAAAACUAUGGAUUUCACACUCUGUUCAUAACUCUGAUCAACAGACAAAACUAAGACAGUGUUUCCUUAUGCAUUUUUUAUUAUAAUUUCAUAAUGCAUAACAACGGACCUUCAUUUCACACAACCAUUAACACCUCCUGCAACCCCCCUCCUCCCCCCUCCUGCUACACUACCUGCACUCAAGAUCUGUGAGGACGAUGUGUGCCGUGUCUUUUGGAAGCAAAGGACAAGGAAGGCUCCAGGACCAGAUGGCAUCUCACCAGCUUGCCUUCGUUCCUGUGCUAACCAACUGGCCCCCAUCUUCACUCAGAUCUUCAAUAGAUCACUGGAGCAGUGUGAAGUCCCAUGCUGCUUCAAACGCAGCAUUAUCAGUCAUUAUCCCCGUCCCUAAGAAACCUAAAAUCACAGGACUUAAUGACUACAGACUUGUCGCCCUGACAUCUGUGGUCAUGAAGUCAUUUGAGAGACUGGUGUUGGCCCACCUGAAGGACAUCACUGGACCCUUUCUGGACCCCCUUCAAUUUGCUUAUCGAGCAAACAGAUCUGUGGAUGAUGCAGUCAACAUGGGUUUGCAUCAU